AUGGCCGCAAUAGCAACUUCAGUCGUCUCUCGACUGUCCUCUCCCAGUGUCCUCGCGACCUCGCGCUGGGCGACACUCUACAGCCGGGUCGUCAGCCCGAGCUUCCUCCCGUCCCUCGCCAUCGCCAUCCCCGGCGUCAGCCUCAACCUGCCCACUCUGGACGACAUCUGGGAGUCAGUGCUGCGCGCAGUGCCGAAGAACAAGGUGUCUCAUUCCCGGAAGCGACACAGGCAAAUGGCGGGCAAGGCGCUCAAGGACGUCAACAACCUGUGCAAGUGCCCCGGCUGCGGAGAGACCAAGAGGACGCACCGGCUAUGCCAAAGAUGUCUUGAAGGUACGAGGAUAUGGCGCGAGGACUACCCGACGGACAAGCCGUUCUAA